AUGGGGGAGAAGACUUCCGACCCUGAGGCUCCAAGUCUCUCCCACCAUGAGUCUCCUAUAUCUAUUGAGAAGCGAGAGGAAGAGGCAGCUACUGCUCGAGAGUGGGCUCGCGAUGUGGACAAAAGCACCACUACCAACACUAAACUUAAGAAUCCUCUUGCCGAGUUGAGUCGAGAACAGCUCCUGAAUGAUGUCGAGGCUUUCGCGAAGGAAAAAGACCUUGAGCAUAUCCUCGAUGAUCUGCGAAAAGGGGCCCUUGUCUCGCAGGAUCCAAGAGCGUUCGAGCAGAUGGACGAGCUGACGGAGAGUGAGAAAGAACUACUUCGACGGGAGAAGACGCAUCGGUGGAGUCAGCCGUUUAUGAUGUAUUUCAUGACAGUCCUCUGUGCUGGAUCUGCUAUCGUGCAAGGAAUGGAUCAGACCGCCGUCAACGGUGCGCAGGAGUUCUACUUUGCUGAAUUUAAUGUCACCGACACUUGGCUCCAAGGCCUCCUCAACGGCGCUCCCUAUCUCUGCUCCGCCGUCAUCGGAUGCUGGACCACGGCGCCGCUGAAUCGCUGGUUUGGUCGCCGCGGAUGCAUCUUCAUUUCGUGCUUUAUCUCCUUUGCCGCCUCGUUCUGGAUGGCGGCCGCACAUACCUGGUGGAAUUUGUUGCUCGGCCGUUUCCUCCUCGGCUUUGCGGUGGGCGCCAAAUCCACAACCACCCCGGUGUAUGGCGCCGAGUGCUCACCGGCCAAUAUCCGCGGUGCUCUGGUUAUGAUGUGGCAGAUGUGGACGGCAUUUGGCAUCAUGCUGGGGUAUAUUGCCUCUGUUGCGUUUAUGGACGUGUCGCAUCCCACGAUCCCUGGCUUCAACUGGCGAUUGAUGCUAGGGUCGACCGCCAUUCCUCCCUUCUUCGUCUGCAUGCAGGUCUAUUUGUGUCCCGAGUCGCCUAGGUGGUACAUGAUGCGCAACCGCUACCACGACGCGUACAAGGCGCUCUGCAAAUUCCGCCCGUCAACAUUCCAAGCUGCGAGAGACCUCUACUAUAUUCAUGCUGCUCUAAAGGUCGAGGAGAAGCUCCGCGAGGGCAAGCAUUUGUUCCACGAGAUGUUCUCCAUUCCGCGCAACCGACGUGCGGCGCAGUCGUCCUUCUUCUUCUGUGGUGUCAAUGCGAUCAUGUACUAUUCCUCGUCGAUGUUCCGGGAAGCCGGUUUCGACACCCGUAUGGCACUCGUCACGUCCCUCGGGUGCGGCAUCACCAACUGGAUUUUCGCCCUGCCAGCUGUAUACACGAUCGACACCUUUGGACGACGGAAUUUGCUGCUGACCACCUUCCCUCUGAUGUGUAUAUUCCUCCUCUUCACCGGCUUCUCAUUCUACAUACCCGAUCAAACAUCUCGGACAGCCUGCGUCGCGACUGGCAUAUACCUCUUCAUGAUCGUGUACUCGCCCGGUGAAGGACCGGUACCAUUCACCUACUCCGCAGAAGCUUUCCCCCUCUACAUCCGAGACAUCGGCAUGUCCUUCGCAACAGCCACAACGUGGGGUUUCAACUUCAUCGUCUCGCUGACCUGGCCGUCGCUCAAUAAAUCGUUCACGCCCACCGGUGCCUUUGGCUGGUACGCGGCGUGGAACUUCUUCGGCUGGAUCUUUUGUUAUUUCUGUCUGCCGGAGACCAAGGCGCUCUCGCUUGAGGAGCUGGAUCAGGUCUUUUCGGUUCCGACGACUAAGCACAUCAAUCACUAUCGGGCGAUGUUGCCGUGGUAUGUCAAGAAGUAUUUGCUUCGGAGAGAUGUGCCACCGCAGAGGCAGCUCUACGAUUAUUAUUAG